AUGGUUCGUUACGGUGCCUCCCCUGCUAACCCUGCCAAGUCCGUCAAGGCCAGAGGUGCUUACCUCAGAGUGUCGUUCAAGAACACCCGGGAAACCGCCCAAGCCAUCCAAGGCAUGAACGUCGACAAGGCGCUCCGUUACUUCGAAAGAGUGUUGUCGCACGACGACGUGAUCCCCUUCCGGAGAUUCAACUCGUCGAUCGGCAGAACCGGCCAAGCCAAGAAGUACGGCACCCCUUUCGGUAGAUGGCCCGAAAAGUCGGUGAGAUUCGUCAGAGACCUUUUGAUCAACGCCAAGUCGAACGCCGAAGCCAAGGGUUUGGACACCACCAAGUUGAAGGUGACCAACAUCCAAGUCAACCAGGCCCCCAAGAUGAGAAGACGUACUUACAGAGCUCACGGUAGAAUCAACGCCUACCAAUCGUCGCCCUCGCACAUCGAAUUGAUCGUCACCGAAGAAGAUGAAGUCGUCGAAAAGCCCAAGGAAGACAAGAAGCUCAGAUUGAACUCGAGACAAAAGGGGAGAUUGGUCCACAAGAGAUUGACCGCUGCCUAA